AUGGCCCCCGGCGCCGCCCUGGCCCUGCACUUGGCCUUGGCCCUCAGCCUGUCGGGGCUCGGGGCCACCAGUCGCCACUGCGCCGAGCUGCUCCUGGACGGCUGCUUGUGCACCUCCGAGCGCGCCCCGGGACCCGGGCGGCCCGAGCUGCGCAUCCGAGUGGCCUGUGCCGGAGGAGACCUGGUGGCCACGCCCCAGCCUGAGCUGCUGCCCCGCCGGACCGUCAGCCUGAUCCUGACCCACAACAAGAUCUUGGGAGUGAAGAGCGGGGCCUUCUUGGGUCUGCCAUCACUGGAGAGACUGGACCUGAAGGACAAUUUGAUAAGUGUGGUGGAGCCCAGAGCAUUUCUUGGUCUGCCGCAGCUCAAACGUCUGGAUCUCUCGAAUAACAGGAUUGGCUGCUUGAGCCCUCAGGUGUUUGCUGGACUCAGUAGUCUUCACAAACUGAAUUUAUCAGGGAAUAUUUUCUCCGGUCUAAUGUAUGGACUGUUUUCUGAGCUCUUAGCUCUGAAAGUCUUACACUUCGGCACUGACUCACUCAUCUGUGACUGUCAUCUGAGGUGGGUCUCGGAAUGGGCCAAAAACGCAUCAGUGAGACUAGCAGAGGAGACUACGUGUGCUUACCCUGUAGUGCUGCGAGGUCGGCCCCUGCGCAGCCUUCGAGAAGACCAGCUGACAUGUGCUGGACCACUGGAGCUGCCGCUCUUUCAGCUGAUUCCAUCACAGAGCCAAGUGGUCUUCCAUGGGGACCGCUUGCCAUUCCAAUGUACUGCCACCCUGGUGGACAACACAACGCAGGCUCAUUGGUACCACAAUGGGCAAUUGAUUGAAACGGAUGAAGCCCAGGGCAUGUUCGUGAAGGAGAGCGUCAUCCAUGACUGCAGCCUGAUCACCCGGGAGCUCACUCUCUCCAGCAUUGGCACUGAUGCCACAGGAUCCUGGGAGUGUCGGGUCAGCAAUAGAUAUGGCAAUAAAACCAAAGGGGUUGAGAUCACAGUGUUGGAAACCACGGCGCCCUAUUGCCCUGCAGAAAGGACCUGGACGAAGCAGGGUGACUUCAGGUGGCCCAGAACCUUGGCGGGGGUGACAGCCUCCCACCCCUGCCUUCCCUUUUCCCUGAGCCUGGUAUCCCUUCACAGCGGUCCCAAGGAGCCCAGGGCUUGGCGCGGGUGUGGCCGGGCUGGCCACUGGGAUGUCGCCGACCUCUCCGAGUGCCCUCCUUCCCAAGAAGUCACACGGGUACUCCUUGCCUUUGCUACGAUGUAUAUCAACGCCACCAAUGCAGGGGAGUUCUCCCUCCAUCUGGCUGCCUACACUCGAGGUGCUUCCAAGUUUGCUGGGAAGAUGGAUGUCAUCCACCUGGCCCAGAUGAUGGAGAAGUUACUGGCCUUCGUGGAUGAAGUCAAAGAACUCAGAGAUGCUCUGGUCCAGAUUUCGAGCAACCUCAUGUUAGUUGAUGAUCACGUACUGUGGGCAGCACAGAAUGAGGAUAAAGCCUGCACGAGAAUCCUGCAAUGCAUUGAGCGAGUGGCUGACCAGGCUUUGAGUCUCGGUGCGAGGGCAUUGUCCCAGGUCUCCCCUAACAUAGCGAUGGAGGCCUUGGUCAUCCAGCCUUCAAGUUUCAGAGGAAUGAGCUGCAUAAUCUUCCAGAAAGCUCCUGGGGAGGGGAGCCUCCAUCCAGAAGAAACCCUGAAUUUUAAAUGUGACAGUUCUGGAGCACUGUGGGAUGGAUGGACGAAUCUUCCCGCCAAGAACGCCGCCUCGGCCGACAGCGUCACUGUGGUCGCCUCAGUCCAUCUGCCCCGGCUGGCCCCCUUCGCCGGAGCCCCCGCCCGGCAAUCUGUUGAUAACUCCACCUGCAAACUGAAAUUGAUCGUCUUUCGCAAUGGGAAACUCUUCCCCAGCAGCAGCUCGGGCCACUGGUCCAGCCUUGCGGCUGUCGGGAGGCGGAGGUCGGUGGCCACUCCAGCUGUAUUUGCGGAAAUAGAUGGGUGCAGCCUCAGCAACCUGAGCACUCCAGUCAUCAUCGGCCUGAGGCCCUGGGCUCCAGGGCUGGCCCCUGUGGCAGCCACUUGGGAUUUUGACCUUCUCGCUGGACAUGGAGGCUGGCGAGGAGACGGGUGCGACCUAGUCAGCUCAGCUGGAGACCUCCUCACCCUCCAGUGCCCACGCUGGGGCCACUUUGCAGUGCUCAUGGAUUUGAAGACAGUCCUUUCCUUGCCCGAGGACCCAGGGGAAUUCCUGCACCCCGUGGUCUACGCGUGCACCGCCGUCAUGUUACUGUGCCUCUUUGCUUCCAUCCUCACCUACAUCGUGCACCACAGCACAAUCCGCAUCAGCCGCAAGGGGUGGCAUAUGCUUCUCAAUUUCUCCUUCCACACGGCCCUCACCUUUGCUGUCUUUGCUGGGGGCAUCAAUCGCACCCAGUACCCUAUUGUCUGCCAGGCUGUUGGUAUCACGCUCCACUACUCCACCCUCUCCACGAUGCUGUGGAUCGGUGUGACUGCCAGAAACAUCUAUAAGCAGGUGACAAAGAAGGCACCCCAGGGCUCGGGGGGUGAGCAGCCUCCAUACCCCAAGCAACCUCUGCUCAGAUUUUACCUGAUUAGCGGAGGCGUCCCUUUGAUUAUUUGCGGAAUUACAGCUGCAACCAACAUCAAAAAUUAUGGGCCAGACAGUGAUGGUGCCCUAUACUGCUGGAUGGCCUGGGAGCCAAGCCUGGGGGCCUUUUAUGGGCCAGUGGCCUUCAUUGUGCUGGUGACCUGUGUUUAUUUUCUCUGCACCUACGUCCAGCUGAGGCGCCAUCCGGAGCGCAAAUAUGAGCUCAAGGAGAGGAGAGAAGAGCAGCAGAGACUGACGGCCCCGGAGGCCAGCCGCGGUCACCUGGGGGACCCUGGAGCCGGCCCCGCGGCAGCCUGCUCCAUGAUCUCCGCCUCCCGCCUGGAGAACGAGCAUUCCUUUAAGGCUCAGCUCCGGGCAGCGGCCUUCACCCUCUUCCUCUUCCUGGCCACCUGGACCUUCGGGGCCCUCGCUGUGUCGCAGGGCCCCUUCUUGGACAUGAUCUUCAGCUGCCUCUACGGAGCCUUCUGCGUGACCUUGGGGCUCUUCAUUCUCAUUCACCACUGUGCCAAGCGAGAUGAUGUCUGGCACUGCUGGUGGUCCUGCUGCCCUUCCCGGAGAAACACCUACGCCAUGCAGGUCCACGCCCGCGCUCAGGUGAAUGCCAACGGGGAUGCCCAGAUCCACACCGCCUGUCUCCAGGACUCCCCGUGUCUGAGCAAAGCCGGAGGCUUCAGUCACGCCGCGGUCGGCCACUGCAAACUGACCAACCUGCACGCGGCCCAGAACCACGUCAACUGCUUAUCCCCGGUCACCCCCUGCUGCGCCAAAAUGCACUGCGAACAGCUGAUGGAAGACGAGGCCCACGUCCACGUGCACGGAGAGGACGCCUUCCGGUCCAGCACCCACCUGCACAGGUGUCUGAAGGGCCGAGUCAAGUCCCGCUACUUCAGCCGGCACCGGGCUGCGGCGGCAGAGAGAGAAUACGCCUACCACAUCCCGUCCAGCCUGGACGGCGGCAGCAUCCACAGCUCGCAUACGGACAGUCCCCAGAGCGCCCACGAGGGCCAGCCUGGGCACCGCCGGUCCUGCUGUGGCCAGGGCGACCCCUUCCCCACCAUCAACCAGCCCGAAAGCAGCGACGCCAGCACGGUCAUCUGCAGCUGCGCCCAGAUGUCCGAGGGGGAGGUUGGGCCCCACGCAGCUCACUUCCAAAUGCACCCGCGGACACAGGUGUUGCCGUGUAACACAGCCGACCACAACGGGCUGCCCACGGGGAACCUGGAGGAAGCCAUGGUGUACGGCCCCGAUAGCACGGGAAACAUCAAAACGGGCCCGUGGAGGAACGAAACGACUGUGUGACGCGUGGGGCAAGCAGGGCUGGGGAGGGGGGUCUGGGCCCCGCCUAUCGCUCUUUGCUCGGCUGGGCGGUGCCGCCUUCUCGCGGCUGCACUGGGCUCCCUCGGCUCUUUCCGACCACAUUCUUGAGAAGAAGAGAAAGGGGCGGGAGAAGUGGGGACAGUGGUCAGCGGCCGGCAGUGGAGCUACACGAGAAUGAGACUGGAGCUUGUGAAGACGCGGCCGGGAUCUUAAAGGCCAGCCGCCCUCCCGAGAGCCAGGCCCGUCGUUCGUCUGUCCCCCCCACACUCACCGGGGAGGCGUGGCCUCCCGAUUCCUUUCAUAGCCGAGCUGAGUUCAGCCCACGUUCUCCCUCACUCCUCCGCUCUUCAACCCUGACCCUAAUCCAAAGUGACAAAAGUCCUGGACUUUCUAAACAGCGACCCGUACAUGAGAACGAUGCUGCCUCUAGAUCCGGCUUCCAGGGCUAAGGCUGCGUUUCGGCUGUGGCCCUCAGUGGCCCCUCCCCGCCAGUCCUUCCCAGGAGAGGAUGAGGGGCCGGUCAAAUCUGUCUGUCGCGCCCAGGGGGCUUUGUUGGCCAUCUCCAGCAUGACUCCUGUUGGGUGGCUUCAUUCGCUGUUUUCUGGUGUUCGAUGUGUCUUUCACCAAACGACGAUGACAGUCACAGUCCUAGCAGCCCGAGAAAGCCUGCUGGCGUCAGUCCAUUGCCUUGUGGCUCCACGAAGUCAGUCCUGCGCUCAUUGUCCCAGUGACACUAAACUUCGAGGUUUCAGAACAGCUUUGAUAAGGACCCACUUUAAUUAACAUCCAACUGUCCCGUGACCCUGUGCUGUGUGUCUAGACCAGCUUAAUGUUGCUUGUACGGUAGAUACUUUCAAGCUGCUCAGGCCAUCACUGCCCAGGUCCAGGCAGCAUGUUUUUUGUCAUUCACUCAUUAAAGACCACAGUCAUCCUCUGCAACUGUGUAAAAAUAAGAUGGAAUGGCUGAUCACAUGAGCAGUGUAGACCCACUCAGUCCCAUUUCAACCUUCAAAGAACUGGGCUAGAUUUCAGUGAUGAAUUGAGUACUAUGUCUAAUAGGGGAACUCACUCCUCUGCAGAAUUUCCAAACCUCUUCUCAUAGACUUAACUGCCCCUACCUUGUUGCAGUUGGGGAUCCCUUCCCAGAUGGGCAUUUGGGGAGGGCAGUGUUUAGAGCUAUCUUUCCCACAUUCCCAUGAACAUCUGGGCACAAAUUAUUGACCUCUCAGAGGAUGUGCUUGUGUGUACUAUAAUCAGUCUUUUGGAAAGAGGGUUGGCUUUACCCAGCAGGGCAAGGGUAAGACUCUGCCUGGUUCAAAGGAGAGGAUCUGUCCAUCCAUAACGGAGUAGCCUGAGGCCAUAGCAACUAUGAAAGGGUUAGGGCCCUCACCUGCCACCCCCUUCAGACCUUCAGAGCACAUCACUAGUAAUACACACGUGCACAUACACACACACAGCAAAAGUUGCGUUGAAAUUUUCCCAACACCACCUCCCCACCCCAGGCUUUGCCCUGACAUCACAGCCUGUCUCUGAUCUGUCUUGCCUGCCUGCCUCAUCCAGGUUGCCAGUAGGUUCCCAUGGGUCUUGGAGCAUAGCUGUCCUCACCAUGCCCAUGAAUGGAGUAUCUCUGACAAAGUGGGCUCUUGAAUCCAUGCUCAGAGAGUGAGAAGCAAGCCUCAAGGUGGACUUCCAUGUUGUGCCCUAGUCACUUGAUAUACACUAUCCAUCAGGGAGCCAGAAGCCCACUUGAGUGAAGGUUCCCUGCUUUAGACCACUCUGGGUCCCCUAUCACUGACUCCUGUGCUGAGGCCAAAGAAGAAGGAAGCUUUAUUCCAUGAGAGUUACCCACCAGCUGUAUCACAGUGUUCUGUGGUGUUUGCCUGUCACAAUGCUUUGUGUAGUCCUUUCCCUCAUAAGUGUUUCUCCUGCCUCCCAGAGCAGUGACAGACCCCAAAUGACAGGCCCUAGAAAGGACAUGGGCCACUGCCCUACACCCUAGGAAGGACUCCAUCCCCUUCGGAUCUGUCACCCGCCAUAGGGACCAGCCUAUCCCUUCUAUGCAAAGUGACAGCCCUUAUCGCCAGCCUUGCCCCCAUUGCCUUGGGUGCCCUGGUGGGGGUGAUGUGGAUCAUCCUUGACACACUGUUCCUGGUCAGUGGUGUGACUUUGCAGAGGAAAAGUUUGGCCAGGAGACAGUCUUAACCCACUUCCCAAGAAAAAGAAGCAGGUGCUACUUUCCCCAGAUGACUGAACCCUGCACUUGGAGAGUGAACAUUCAAUAUCAAAUUGUAUUGUAUUUAAAUAUGGAUUUAGCCUAGAGGAGUCCAUGCUGAAAAGAUGUUAUGAAAUAUUCUGUUUGCAUAUUCUAUUUUCAGAAAAUAAAAGUCUACAAUGUAACUAAGCA